ACUCCCACCAAACCCCAAUAUAUAACAAAAGAAGGUAGCCAAAGUCUUGAAAUAUAUACUACUAAUUCAUUUUCUUCUUCUUCUCCUUCUCUUUCAAGUUCAAAACUAACAAAAAAACAGAAGAGAAAAAGUUUUAUGGAAGGACUAAUUCCAUUAGUGUACAAGACCAUUAAAAGGAGCAGAACUCGGCGGCGAUACGAAUGUCUCUCUUUUGGUGCUGCUGACAACUAUAAUAUUGAAAACUUCUAUCCAAAUGGCUUCGUCAAUAGUAAACAGUAUGAAGUGAUAGCUAGUGAUAAGGUGGCUGGUGGUGGUGGACUUCAGGCACAGAACAACCGGCACCGGCGAACACAGUCCUUCCAGGUGGAAUAUACCGGUGGAGUUUCGCCGGAGAUUGGUAGUACUCCGGCAAAGGAUAAAGAACUAGUGCGUUUCAGGAGCCACCGUAGAAUGUUUUCAUGUGUAACUGGUGGAUGGUGAAGAAAAGUUAGAGAUAUACCUCUUCUUAUUUAGUGGCGUGCACAGAAUAGGAGUACUGUCGCUCUAUUGCCACAGUUGUGCUUUUAAGACAUUGAUAUUUACUUUGUAUUAUUUUCAAGCUAUAUCGACCUAUGAUGUAUACAUAUUUUUCUAAAAGAAUAUUAUUAAUUUGCACAUAUAUACUAGUAGAAAAAAACAUUUUUGCGA